GUACUUUUUUAUUUUUAUUUUUAUUUUUAUUUUUUUUAGCUUCAGCCUUAAAUAAAAACUCACUUAGAACAUUGAAAUUCGUACCCAAGUCGUGUGAUGCUAACGGCAUUACCCACUCGGCCUCAGCUCGUACCUUUUUAUUAAUUAAAAUGUAUUAUUAUUAUAGGUAGCUUGAUAUGUCCCGAACUAUGCUGCUUGCCCGUAGACCGGGGCUUCUGUGCAUGCUCUGCCAGUCGAGAGGUUUUAGUACGUCGUACCGCUUGCUGGCAGAGCAAGGUCCAAAGCCCGCUACGGAUAACCAACCAACGAAGCUCGGGGCACCGGUCUCACCGGCCUCACCGGGUUCGGACCCGGCGCCGCCCAAAGUUAUACCACCUUCCCCGUUAGCAGAUGCUCCGAGAUCAUACGGCAAGCGGACCGAACAGUUCACACCCAAGCCGCUGAGCCGGCCGAUAGGCAUGCCGAACCCACCCAGGCCGGGCGAGAACACGGGUAUAGACAACCGCACCCUCAGGCAGCGUCGCGAUGACUUUGUAAACUACGAUAGGCAUCUGGAGAGGCGAAAGGAAUUGGUGAGCAAGAUCUCGCGGCCAUACUUCCGAGACUGGGGCAACCUGCGCUUCCACAACGGCAAGACGUUCUACCCGCCGCCGCGGCCCUUCAAGCGGGACGUGUCGCUGUUCUUCCCGAACCUGCACGGGCGGACGCUGUCCAAAACGGACCGCAAGCCGCGCGACACGACGCCCGCCCUGCGCGGCCGCAUCUCCGUCGUCUCCGUCUUCAGCAGCGUCUGGGCCGAGAACCAGAUUAACUCGUUCGUGUCCGCGCAGGCCAACCCGGCGCUCGACGACCUGCUCGCCCGGAACGCGGACCUGGCCCAGCGCGUCUGGCUCAACGUCGAGGAGAACGCCUUCAAGGCCUGGCUCAUCCGGCUGUUCAUGGGCGGCAUUCGGAAGCGCGUCGGCGAGCCGAAUUGGGACCGGUAUUUCGUCGUGAGGAGGGGGAUCAACGACGAUAUCCGCGAAAAUACGGGCCUCCUGAAUAGAAGCGUCGGGUACGUGUACCUCCUGGACGGCGACUGCAGGAUACGGUGGGCAGGCAGUGGCCCGAGCGAGGAUCACGAACGGGAUGGCUUAGUUAAGGCCGUGCAGCGGCUUCUGGACGAGGCCAGGAGCCCGAAGAAAGCCUGAUAACAACUCAUGUAAUUAUUACGCGCCAUAAAUAGGAAGAAAGAAAAAAUGAUACCCGCUCCUCAAUUCACAAGGCAACUCUCGUUCAGGAUUUAGGUGUUCCCCUUAAAUUGCUCUAUAUCGGUCGUAG